AUGAUAAGAGCCGUAGCCAUGAAAACUGCAACAGAAAGCAGCGCAUUCCAUUUGCCCGCCUUCGGUGGAAAAGGUGCAGGAGGCAUCCUCGUCGGCCACAGCAUCACCCCCAAGCCCGACGCCGGCGCGCACGACACGAACAAGCCACACGAGGCCUGGGCCCUCAAAUCCGGUCUCUAUACGCCCCGUCAGCUUGUGGAAGGGUUUGCUCCUCUGCUUGAUACCGUUGUCUUUCGUCUGGGGCCGGAUCCUCCCAACGCCCGACCAUCCCGGGCUCAGUUGCUUGACAAUCUCGCCGCCAAUCUGGACACCAACACGCGCGAAGCCUCCAUGCGCUUCCCCAGUCUUGACUUUGACGAGUCCCGCAAGGAGGUCGCCGAGCAAGCCAGGCAAAUUGGUCGGACCCUAGUGCAAUACGCCCGCAAUCACACUGGCGGCCCCUUCAACCCCGACCUAUACCUUCGCAGUCCAUGUGAAGGCCAUCUUCUCAUCCCGCCUAAUGUUGACCUGAUGUUUGGUCGUCGCAGCCAGCCACACCUAAUGCAGCUGUUCAAUGAGUACAUGCAUCAGAUGGUGCUGCUGCGAGACGCCCUACUGCCCUUCAAAAACUACGAGGAUGUCAUUAUCCCCAUUAACGGCCGAGCGGCUCGAGGUAUCCGUCAUCUGGAGUCUCCUCGCUCUGAAUUCCUCGCCCAGCUUUGGACCAAAGAAGUCUCCCAGGCGGCUGUCGUCAAGCAGGCGCAGGCCCUACUGGCCCCGAAUAUCCUUGCCCGGACCGCGCUCACCAGCACCAGCACCAGCACCGGCCCAGGCUACGGCUUCCAGUACGCCCAUGGACUUGUCCUCCCUGCCUUUUUAGCUGCCGGUUCUACCCCGUUCCAUCUGCUACAGUACAUUCCCGCCCGUCUGGUCGAGGAUACCCCCAAGGACAUCAUCUUCGACUACCAAGUGCAGGACUACUAUCUUGCCCCUCGCGUGGAGAUUCCUGCUGGCACCAAGACAACCCCGGCUUCUUACCCGUUGGGCCCAGAGGAGAGCCUUAACAUCCAAGCAGCCAGCAUCGGUGUUCUUCUGGCGGUGUCUCCCUCCACCUCGUCGUCCAAGACAGUUCGACAACUGGAACUGCGGCUGGAGCUGGAAAACGGGAAGUGCAUCUCCGUGGACGUCGGCCAGGUUGCCCGUGGCCAUCGCUACGCGUAUAUGGCACAGAAUCCAUCUCCUCCCUCUCCCUCUGCAUCUGUGAACGGCAACGGCACGACCAACGGCGAAGCCAAAACAGCGACUGCCAUCGUCCAUGAUGCCGCUUCUGUCCUUCUGCAGACUGAAGAGGAGGGUCUUGUCACCACCAAACAGGGCGGUCUUCAUAUUAUUCCCAUCCAGGAUCCUCUUGUCUCUCUGGCUAUAUUGGGAAAGCUGUAUCCCGAGAAUGUGGUGCUUCUUCCCAAGGCUGAGAGACUGGAGCAGGCGGAGAAGGCUGGGAAGGGACUGGAGCCGAAGUUUGUGCUUUGGGGUGGUGCGGAGCGUGGUGGAUUGAGGGGGCAUUUCUAAUUUGGAUCUAGUGGCGUGGUUAUAAUUUUUAUUUUUUUUUUCUCUUUGGUUGUUGUCUUGUUCCACGGUUCUGUCUAACUCAACUUCUAUUCUCCAGUCAUGGGAUACAUUUGAUUGUCAUUUGAUUCUCUAUACUAUAGCAAUGAAUGUAUAGUGG